CACCCUCCUUCCUGUCUGCCUACUGUCUAAAAAAAUACGAGCCACUAGCGCCACAAAAACUCUUCGGAGAAAAAAAAGAAAAAAAAAAAUGUUUUUGUAUGGAGGGUGAAAUAUGAUUUCUGUGCUCCAACUGUAGAAACUGUCAAAGGUUUGACCGUUGUGGUUAAACAUGAAGUGUUAACUUUCUAGAGAGACCAAGCUUUUGCAUAAGUUCUAAGAGGUUCAAAGUUCAUCGCUCGUAUUUUUUUAUUUUUAUUUUUUUAAAGACUUUUGUAGGCUUUGCACUUCUUUUCCAAUUGGACAAGAAACUCCACUUUAAAAAGAAAAUAAUAAAUCAAAGAUGGCAUUAGAUUUUUCUUGUGUGUAAUAAAUGCUGAAACAUUUUAAGGUUUAAAUGUUGUAAAUUAACAGAAAUCAAAAAAUGAUCAUUUAAACAAGCUUCUUUGUGCCUCUGAUCUGAUUUAAACAUAAAUACUCAUUUACGCCCAGCAGCCGUUUCAAGGCAGAGUGAAUCCCCCUUGUGUAGAGUACGGCCAAAAACAUCAUGGCCGCACAUCCGACACUAAAAUAGUAGAUGGCAAGCUACAUUUGACAUGAGAGCAACCUUUGUACUUUAGCGAACCAGUCUACUCUACAAAUGUGGAAUCAAAUUAAAAUGUAUGUUUUUGUCGUUUCAAACGUUUUCUGUAAUCUCCGGUCCAGCUCUUUUGUCCCCGUCGAUAAACUAUCCAAAAUGUCUCCCGUGUUGUAUGUGAAACUUUUAAUAAAAAGUAUGCAGAGACUUUUAUUUUAAAUGGGAAGAACGACAAGAACCCCUCUUUUGUCAGAGUGAAAUGUGAUUUAAUGGUUUCCCUUCAGAUGAGAGAUUUUAAACAUAUCUAAUCCAUAUUAGGGUAGUUUUCUGUGUUAUGGCAAAAAAAAAAAAAUCUCAUUUAGAAAGGCUAAGAUAGUUUUGUUUUCUUUCUUUUUUGGCACAAUUAUUCUUUGUUUUAUUGUCUGUCUUUAACAUUAAUAGUUUUUAAGUAGUUGAUUUUUAUUUAAAUUCAUCAGCCAGUUUUCGUUUAAUUUGUUGUCAGUAAAUCUCAGCCUUUCAACUUUUUAGUUGAUUCUUGAGUCAUUUCCACCGCCAUUGUGAUAUCUAGAGUAUGUGAAAAGGUAUUUGUCACCUCUACAUAUUUAUACUGACAUUAAAAUCUUUCUGUUCACAAAACAGAUGUUUAUAUUGAACAAAGAAAAGUAAAUACAAAAAUCUGUUUUCAAAUGAGGACAGGGAAACGAGCUAUCCAAACCAACCUAAGCUUUAUAUGGAAAGUAAUUACUGCCAUUAUUAAAUGAGUUGUCCACAUUUUUGGAAAGCUGAGCUGAACCACACAUUGGCUGAUCUGUAGAAUCGCUUGAUUAAAACCUGCCCAAUCUAAAGAAAUUCAAAAUCAGAUGAGAAUUAAGUCAUCGACAACCAUCAGUCUGGAAAAGUGGAUAGAGUCAUUUCUAAAGCCACAAAUGGAGAAAAAAAUGUAACAAUCCAAUUUAGAUUUUUAAACAGGCUGCACAUGCUAAAAGAAACUCUAAUAUGGCUAAAAGUAAACAUUACUGCAUAGAAGAGUGGGCUAAAAUCUCUCCUCCUGCAGUUGCUGCUGCUCAGCAGCUCAACAUGUAACUAGGUUAACGGAUUAAUUCACAUAAGGUCAGGUCGGUGUUGGCAGCUGAUUUUUUUUUCCCUCAAUGAAUGAUUUUUUUUUUUAUGAGCUCAGACUACGUAUGUUUUAUGGUGACAUUUGUACAGGAUCUGAAACAUGUUAAUGUUGCAAAAAAAAAACAGAAGAAAUAUGGGGGGAGAAAUAGGUUUUAGCAGCACUGAGUGAAUUCUACGUCAGCACAAAUACAAGAAAAGAAGAAAUGGGAGUAUUUUCAAACAUUCUUUUUUAUUAUAAAGCGUCUUAUGAUUUCUAUUUAGAAAGCUUCUUCUGUAAAUUAUCUGUACUUAACAAAAAGCGCAUGGCAGCCUGCUGAGAAUUUCCCAAAAGGAACCUAAAUUAUUCUGAGAGGAAGAAGCAAAAUCUUUCAGUGUUUUGUGGUGUGGCAGUCGCAGUGACGUUGUGAGUGAUAUUCAGAAACAUCCCAGCUGGAGCUGCAGUCUACGGCUGAGACGAUACAGAACUGACCCUUAACUUGAAGGUAGGAGAUCUCAGACUUGGGACAUUUCUGGGCGUGUGCAGGUUGUUUUCAGCCGACUGUCCCUGGCUACAUUUAGUCAGGAACUUCAACCGCUUCAUACUUCCUACAUCAAGUUCCAGGGUUCAGGAUGAUGAAGAAGCUGCUGGUGGACGUGGACUGUGGCGUGGAUGACGCUCAGGCCAUCAUGCUGGCGCUGGCCGCCCCCAAUGUGGAGAUCCUGGGCAUCACCUGCGUGCACGGGAACACCGCGGUGGAGAACGUGUGCAAGAACGUUCUGCGGGUUCUCCAAGCCUGCGAUAAGCUGGAGAUUCCAGUCUUUAAAGGCGCUGACAAGCCUAUCCUUGGGAAAAGACUAAAUGCGGGAUCCUUUCAUGGGAAGGACGGGCUGGGCGACGCUCCUGACCCCGACGCUCCAGGUCUGGACCAGCUUCAGAAGGAGAGCGCCGUGUCGGCCAUAGUCAGGAUUGUUAACAAAAACCCAGGAGAGGUGUUACUGGUUGCCACUGCGCCCCUCACCAACCUGGCUCUGGCUGUGAGGAUGGAUCCGUCUUUGCCGGCCAAACUCAAAGGACUCUACAUCAUGGGAGGGAACACCGAGUCCCGAGGAAACACCUCGGUGUGUGGCGAGUUCAACUUCACUGCUGAUCCAGAAGCUGCAUACAUCGUGCUGAAUGAUUACCAGUGUCCAACCUACUUGGCCUGCUGGGAGUUCACCUGCUACAACAAGUUGCCUUGGGACUUUUGCGACGCCUGGCUGGCGCAGAACAGCCACAAAGCUCGCUUCAUGGCGAAGAUCUUCAGCCACAGCAUCGAGGCGUCGAAAACCGAACGCUUCGAGAAAGAGUUCAUCGCGGGGUCAGGCCUGAUUUCCUGCGACUCGUACGCCAUGGCGGCCGCUGUGGACGACUCCUUCGUCACAGAGAGCGACCAGUUCCCAGUUAGCGUGGAGCUGGUGGGCACGCACACCAGAGGGAUGAUGGUAGUGGACACUCUGGGCUUACUGGACAAGACGCACAAAGUUUUUAUCAUAAAAAAGGUAGACAUGGAGAAGUUCAGGGAGAUGAUGAUGGCGGCUCUGAAAUGAGAGUCUUAACUUAAUACUGAAGGUCGGUGCUGUUCUCCACGUUUUGUGGUUCACUUAGUUUUUGUAUUGUAAAACCCAGUUACCUCAACAAUGAAAUGACUCCACUUUAAACAGACAAAACUUUGACUUUGGUCAUUAUUUAUUGAAGUUGAUGAUUUUCAUUCAAAAUAACAAAAUAAAAUGUUCUAACACGGAA